UUGAGAGAGAUUCAAUUUGCGACUUUCUGGAAGCUUUGCGACUGUACAGUCUUAUGGCGCACGACACGGAAAGUGGCAGAGAGAAGAUGGCGGAGGGAGAUAAUAAUGCAGAGAAACUCAAGGAGAAGGCGAAUACUUACUUUAAAGAGAAAGAUUAUGACAACGCCAUCAAAUAUUACUCAGAGGCCCUGGAGCUUAAUCCAGGCAAUGCCAUUUACUUCAGUAACCGAAGCCUGGCAUACCUACGCACUGAGUGCUAUGGCUAUGCCCUGGCUGACGCUACACGCGCCCUGGAGAUAGACAAGAACUACAUCAAGGGGUACUACCGCCGGGCCACCUCCAACAUGGCUCUGGGCAAGUUCAAGGCUGCACUCAAAGACUAUGAGACUGUGGUCAAGGUGAGGCCCAAUGACAAGGAUGCGAAGAUGAAGUACCAGGAGUGCAACAAGAUUGUGAAGCAGAAGGCCUUCGAGAGAGCCAUCGCCAGUGAUGAGAUCAAAAGAUCGGUCGUAGACUCUCUAGACAUUGAAAACAUGAUGAUCGAGGACGAUUACACAGGUCCCAAAUUGGAAGAGGGAAAGGUUACUUUGAAGUUCAUGAAGGAGAUGAUGGAAUGGUUCAAGGAACAGAAGAAACUGCAUAGAAAGUGUGCUUAUCAGAUUUUGAUCCAAGUAAAAGAGCUUCUAUCCAAACUCCCAAGUCUUGUAGAAAUAACACUUAAAGAGACUGAAAAGAUAUCCAUUUGUGGUGACACACAUGGACAGUACUACGACCUCCUCAACAUCUUUGAGUUGAAUGGCUUGCCCUCACAGACCAAUCCUUAUCUGUUCAACGGAGACUUUGUGGACCGCGGCUCGUUUUCUGUUGAGGUCAUUCUCACUCUGUUUGGCUUCAAGCUGCUGUUGCCUGACUCUUUCUACCUGCUUAGGGGUAACCAUGAGACGGACAACAUGAACCAGAUGUAUGGAUUCGAGGGCGAGGUCAAGGCCAAGUACACAGCCCAGAUGUUCCAGCUGUUCAGCGAGGUCUUCCAGUGGCUGCCUCUUGCACAGUGCAUCAACAGCAAAGUUCUGGUGAUGCACGGGGGACUUUUCAGUGAGGAUGGAGUGACGUUGGAAGACCUCAGGAAGAUUGAGAGGAACAGACAGCCACCAGACUCUGGUCCCAUGUGUGAUCUCCUGUGGUCAGACCCACAACCUCAGAAUGGACGGUCGGUCAGUAAGCGAGGAGUGAGCUGUCAGUUUGGGCCAGACGUAACAGAGCGUUUCCUGGACCAGAACAAGCUGGAGUACAUAGUGCGCAGCCAUGAAGUGAAGGGCGAAGGCUACGAGAUCACUCACUCAGGGAAGUGCAUCACCGUGUUCUCGGCUCCCAACUACUGUGAUCAGAUGGGAAACAAAGGAGCCUACAUCCAUCUCAGGGGAUCUGACCUAAAGCCAGAAUUUCACCAGUUCACUGCUGUGCCUCAUCCGAAUGUCAAGCCCAUGGCGUACGCCAACACCUUGAUGCAGAUGGGGAUGAUGUAGAGGACAUGCUCUUCUGCUAGAGGCACCGACGACCUCCCCUCUGACCUGAACCAUCUCAGCCACAUCACUCCCUCCAGCGCUUAGACAUGUCCCUGUUCAUGUUCUGCCUAAGGGGUCCUUCUCCUCAAUACUUUCCCUUGUUGUAUUCAGAGUACAUGUGGUGUAGUUCAGGCAGGAAGAGAUUACUUAGACCAGCAAACUCAAGAAUUGGGCAUGCCAUUCAUGUAUUGGAAAAAAACUGGAAGAAAAAAAAAUCCUAAUUUCUGUUGCCACACAUGGGUACCAUUCCUGGGUAUAGAAAAUGACCUUGAAAGUUUAUGCAUCCAUUUGGAGUUGCUUGGUUUUAAGAAUUUGACUGUAUAGAUACGCAGCUAACUGAUGCGAUCAAGGAGCUGGUAUGUACCAAAGAUCUGUUAUGGAAUAUAUCAGAAAUGUUUGAUUUUACAUGAUAACAACCUGUGAAAUUGUACUGUUGGCCUUUGUACACAACUAAGAGCAGUUCUGAUUGGGGUGAGACAAGCAUGUUCCUGCACAUCAGUAUUUUUCAAGUAAUGAUACAAAAAUCUUUUUUUUUUCUUUUUUUUUUUUUUACUGUAUUCCAAAAGUGAUAUGAACCUGUAUGUUCCAUUUAGGAAGGAGAAAUGUCUAAGACUA